AUGACAUUUCUUUGGGCUGAUAUUCCAUUUGAAUGGACCUGUCUCUCUUUAAGAUAUCAUAAUGAUAUGCUUUGGUAAUUGAUACGAUUUUGACUUUUAGGUAUAUAUGGAGUCUUAUAUAAAUGAUACCAACAUUUGCAGCAGGGUUCUAUCAAUUAUAUAAGCAUCAAACAACUCCUGAUUAUUAUCGUUAAAUUAAGAAAGGUUCUUGGGAUUAGUUUAUUGUCAUGUUUUUUGUAUUAAAAACAAUACUAUAAGGCUGCACCAAUCCCAUUUUAUUAUUUAACUGAUUUAACAAUCUCUAUUGUGGAGGGAACUUUUUUUGAACCUUGCAGAUUCUGGCUAUGGUUUCAUCAUAUGGUAAACCAUUUAUUCAAAAUAAAAAGGUUUCCAUGGUAGUGAUUCCUGUAUUAAUUCUAAGAAAUGAAUAUGAGUGGUAAGACACAAUGAUCAUGGCUACACAUACUUUAUUGAUGAAGUAUCCUUUCAUCUUUUUAUUUAAUAUAUUAUAUGUUGGGCUUGUGUUAUAUUACAAUAUUUUGCUCUAUAUCAGGUAUAUACAUAAUAUAUCCUAUCUAGUCCAUUGAAUGAAAAAUGGGUCAAUAGAUUCCUGGGUAAAUUCUUCCCAUUCAUCUAUUACAGUUUUAUAGUCCUCUUGGUUCAUGAUUGCAAUAAUGCAUUACCAUUCUUGUAUUGA